UCUCAUGCUUGGUCUCACUCUUGCUGAAGUCAUUUCCAUGAGGGUGGCACUCCCUGAGUUUGGACCCUAAACACUAUCAUAAAGGGAAAGAGACUCACUUUCACGUAGACACACACAGUUGUGCAUCACAGAAUACGCAUUUUCAUAUCAAGACUACUGAGUUUCUACACAUAAACUGUCAAAAUGGCAAAUAAAGGCCCAUCCUAUGGUCUGAGUCGUGAGGUGCAGAGUAAAAUUGACAAGAAGUACGAUCCAGAGCUGGAGGAGCGGCUGGUGCAAUGGAUCAUCGCUCAGUGUGGGGAUUCUGUCGGAAAACCUCAACCUGGAAAACAAGGCUUCCAGCAAUGGCUUAAGGAUGGAUGUAUUUUAUGUGAGCUGAUUAACAGUCUCUGUAAGGAUUCAAAGCUUGUGAAAAAGAUCCAAAGUUCUACAAUGGCUUUUAAACAGAUGGAGCAGAUCUCUCAGUUCCUUGGUGCUGCCGAACGCUAUGGGGUCACCAAGUCUGACAUGUUUCAAACAGUUGACCUGUGGGAGGGUAAGGACCUUGCCGCUGUACAAAUGACACUGCUGUCUUUGGGGAGUCUGGCUGUUACUAAGGAUGAUGGCUGUUACCGCGGUGACCCCAGCUGGUUCCACAAGAAAUCCCAAGAGAACAAGAGGGAGUUCACUGAGGAGCAGCUGAAAGAAGGUCAGAAAGUAAUCGGCCUACAGAUGGGCACUAACAAAGGGGCAUCACAGGCGGGCACGACUGGUUAUGGUCGACCUCGGCAGAUCUUGAACAACUAAUAAAGGCCUGAAGAUCCGUGAUCUUUCCUUCUCAGCCCUUCAGCAGGGUGGACCAGAUGUAGCGUCCCACUUAAACCUUCAGCAAACCCCAGCUGGACAAUAACAAGGAACAGAACACACAGUGCUUAAACCAAAGUUUACAAAUUCAUUGUAUCAUUUCAAAAUCCUGUACAUUCCAUUAGAAAUUCAUUAGUCUGCUGUAAAUUCUAUUAAGGUGCAGACGGACAUACAUUCCAUUAUUCUAUUUCAUACAUUCCAGAGAAACGCAAUCUGCUGCGUUCCAUGGGAACAAAAUGCCUAUAAGGUUAAUUUGGCCUUGCACAGUCAGGUAUUGUCUUGUCUUGUGUUUCUGUGGAUCCAAAUUAUAUUCUCCGCUCGAUAUUCAUUUCCUGAUCUAAAAUCAAUAUGAAUCUAGGGCUUUACAUCAAUAUGCUUAUACAUUGUACACGAGUAACUAAUAAUUGAUUUUGCUAAUAAAAUUCAUUUAAAUUUUGAAA